CAGUACGUCGUCGUCUCUGGUGGGAUCAUGUCAGGGCUCGGCAAGGGCAUCACAGCCAGCAGCAUUGCCGUGCUCUUGCAAGGAUGUGGCUGGAAAGUGAACAUGAUCAAGAUCGAUCCCUACCUGAAUGUUGACGCUGGGACUAUGUCGCCAUUCGAGCAUGGCGAGACUUUCGUGCUGGAUGAUGGAGGCGAGACGGAUCUUGAUCUUGGAAACUAUGAGAGAUUCUUGGACAUCUCGCUGACUGCCGACAACAACAUCACCACUGGCAAGAUCUACAAGCUGGUGAUCGAGAAGGAGAGGAAGGGAGAAUACCUUGGCAAGACCGUGCAAGUUGUCCCGCACAUCACUGGGGCCAUUGCCGACUGGAUUGAAAACGUUGCUUCGAAGCCUGUGAAGACUGGUACCGAUCCGCACGCUGAUGUCUGCGUGAUCGAGCUGGGAGGAACGGUGGGAGACAUUGAGAGCAUGCCUUUCAUCGAGGCUCUCCGCCAGUUGCAGUACAGACUUGGACCGGAGAACAUGUUCAUCGUUCAGGUCACGCUCGUCCCGACCAUGUCAGACGAGCAGAAGACGAAACCAACUCAGCAUGCUGUGAAGGAGCUGAGAUCCGCUGGGUUCGCUCCCGACAUGAUCUGCUGCAGGUGUGAGACUGAGCUGCAGAGCGAGCAGAGGAAGAAGCUCGGGCUGUUCUGCCAGGUCGGAGCUGAGUCGAUCAUCUCAGUUCACAACGUCAGCGACAUCUACAAAGUCCCGCUGCUCCUCAAGUCGCAGAAUGUUGCUGAGAUCAUCUCGAACAAGCUCAAGAUCCCGCAGGGAAUGCCCAACAUCUCUCCCUGGGAACAGCUCUGCAUGCGUAUCGACGGCCUCGAGCUCCCGGUAGUCAAGAUCGCUCUGGUUGGCAAGUACACGAGCGGGACCGACGCCUACCUCUCAGUCUGCAAGGCUCUGCAGCAUGCCGCCAUCGCCGUCAAUCGGAAGCUGGAGAUCAGCUGGGUCCUCUCCGAAGACCUAGAAGGCAAUCCUUCUGAUGGGAACAGCAAGAAGGCGUGGGACGCUCUCAAGGAUGCGGACGGGAUCCUCGUGCCUGGAGGCUUCGGAGACCGAGGGACGGAAGGGAAGAUCAUGUCUGUUGAGUUUGCCCGCACCCAGAAGAAGCCCUUCCUCGGCAUCUGCCUUGGCAUGCAGCUCGCUGUCAUCGAAGCCGCUCGCAACCUCCUCGGAUGGAAGGACGCGAAGAGCGAAGAAUUUGACAAGAGUACCUCCUGCCCAGUGAUCAUCUUCAUGCCUGAAGGAUCGAAGACCCACAUGGGAGGCACCAUGCGACUCGGGACGAGGAGGACCAUCCUCAAGGACGAGCAGUGCCUUACAGCUAAAUUGUAUCAUGGCGCUGCUGUGGACGAGAGACACAGGCACAGGUACGAAGUGAAUCCAGAGAAAGUCGCGGAUCUCGAGAAAUCAGGCUUGAAGUUUGUCGGCAUGGACGAAACUGGACAGCGCAUGGAGAUCGUUGAGUACGAUUCGUCCGAACAUCCAUACUUUGUCGCUGCGCAGUUUCAUCCGGAGUUCAAAUCUCGCGUCAUGUGUCCUGCUCCUCUCUUCUAUGGCUUCCUACGAGCCGCUUCAGGACAAGACCCGACACAGUACGAGACUGGGCCACAGACUCCACGCAAGCGAAGGGGAGGCAAGUGAGCAGGGAAAGAGACAAAGAAAGAGGAGGGGAGAAGAGGGAAUAGAGGGAGGAGGGUGCAGCAUUCGAUUUGAAGCUGCAGGACGCAUAGCCCUCGAAAGCGUCAGAGUUGUAAAUAUCUCAACAACAAGAGAGGCGAAUAAGAAACAAACGAUCGAAUC